ACCACGUGAUCAAAACAAAGCAACUAUGACAGCGCGCGUUUUAAACGAAAUGUGUUUUCAAAACUUUGUGUACAUAUGUCAGCUGUCAUCCUGCGGAUCAAAGCCCGCGUUUACUGCCUUUGAUGUUCUGCUAACUGUUUUAUCUAUCGUGACAUUUUUUUCUGAUAUUGCUACAGACAUCAUCGUAGUUGUUCACUACGCUUUGUCAGAGCUGUGGGUAUACUUCGGGCUCACCCUGUUGUUCGUCGUAGCUCCGUCCUUUAUCGUCAAUCUGUUCAGCUUGCGGUGGCACAUCCACGACAACAAGAACACAAAGUUGGUGUGGACCUUCAACUGUUUACAGCUGGGCGUCUUGUACAGAUACGUGCUGUACUUAAAGACCGGCUUAAGGGCCCAGAGAAGCAAGAAUGCUGAAGAUUUCCAGGACCUGUAUCAGCAGCAGAGUGACCUGUGCAUGCUCCGACUCUUCGACUCUUUUCUCGAGUCAGCUCCGCAGCUCGUUCUUCAACUCUACAUUAUGGUUUCCUAUGAAAGCUGGAACAUUCUCACAGGAGUUUCGGCUGUGGUUUCUUUAUUUUCCUUGGGCUGGGGAAUCGCCGCAUACGGCAAAGCCAUGCGUUUGUAUCGGUCAGACAAGAAGCGCCUCUCCUGGACAGGUUUGGUGCUGCAAACGUUUUGGCGCUGCGGAACCAUGACGUCCCGAGUCACCGCGAUGGUGCUGUUUGCAGUGGCAUGCGGCCCUUGGAUUAUGCUGGUGCUGUUGGGACACUGGAUCGGGAUGACCCUGUGGGUCGUCCGACAAGAGACGGACUUCUGCCCCAACGUCUGGGAGGAGCGGGUGUACGACGCUGUGGUGGGUGCCAUCUACACGUUCUGCUUCUUCAACGUCAAAGAGGGACCAUCGAGACACCGCGUGGUCACCUUCUACGCUAUCAUCUUUGUGCAGAACUUGGCCUUCCUUCUGGCUUACUGUUAUAUUGCGCGCUGGCAGACGGACUACGUUGUCGCGUCUGCCGCGAUUAUCCUUGGCAGCUUCCUUAUCGGCAUGUGCUGCAUGGCAUUGUACUACAGCUCUUUUCAUCCUGGUGGUCCCAUUUGCAUCCAUCGGAAGAGGACAGAUGAUGAGAUAAAGGUCAUGGACACGACGCCAAAGAAGAAGGAUCGCAGCACCGUUGGCCCUAGCCACUCAUUUCGCACCCUCAAACACGUCGACUACCGACCUAGAGGAGGCUUUAGUGAGAGCCCACCGGAGCAAAGUCUACCGGACCAAAGCGAUUAUGCUCAACAGUGUUUCCUGUCGAGUACCCUCAACUGUUCCCUGAGCAAAGAGCACCGUUCUCACUCCCACAACUGCAAUCUGUUUGACUCGCAAGUGGAUGUGGGGGAAGAAGCGCUUAAUGUCUUCAAGGAGAGGGCGUGUAGUAGAUAUCGCGUCGUUAACUACAACUUCCGACCGAGUGUCUCCAAUGCCAAGCUUCAAGCUUCCAAGCUGCACUGUUCCUGUCUCGUGCUGUCUUCAUCCUUGUGUGACGACAGUUUCAGUAAAGAGAAACUGACAACAACAAAGUCUGCACCCAAUAUCCAGGAAUCAGCAUUGGAGAACUGGUCACUGUGCAAUUAUGUGGAACAUUCUUCCGACACCACAGAGAGUGCAGUUAUACAACCGGAGCACAUCAUCACUAUUUUCACGUAAUGGGCUCGUACUCUCUUUAAUAUAUGUGGAGUCGGACUUUUUUGGGUUAAACCCAAUUCCUCCCCCACCUCAAAUCCAUUUUGGACCAAUCCAUGUUGAACCCGAUUCAUCUCCAAAUUCCAAUCACGUAUUAUGCAACAAUACAAUGUGCGAAGCACAUUUGAUGCUGCCACAAGUGGGGCUUUGUGACUGUGACCACUUGCUAGACAGAGUGUAAAAAAAAAUAAUAAUAAUAACCGGUAACACCCAAACGUAUCAAUAGCAUCCAUUCCAUGCGGAGUUGCAGAUUUAAACGUAGCACUCAAUUUUUUUCUGGCAUUUAACCGGAAAAAGUCACAAGUUAGAUAUAUGUCAUUGGACUGUAUCACUGUAAUGUGGCAGCAGUGAGGGCUGUCUAGCCUAACAUGACGAAAACAGACGACAAAGAUAUAGACAGGGCAGGUGCAUCGUAGUCCUGUGUUUUUUAGAUCUGUUUUCGUCAUGUUAGAUAUUCACCACUUGCUCAAUUUCUCACCGUCACGUGACUGUCUAGCCUUUGCAAAUUGGGGACAUUUCAGUCUCUCCUGACCUCUUUGACUACAUGAUGCUGGCUGGAGUCAACAGACUCAUAAUCAUAGAGAGCUACUGCGGCAUCCACACUGUGUCUUGUAGAGUCUUUCGAGAUGUGCAUUCUGUGUACGCGAGACAUUAAAAAGUAAAUGGCAACAGCUACAUAAUGCUAA